AUGGAAAGAAUUCACAACCCGUUCCCCGCGUCUUUGCGCUGCGAGAGCAAAAAGUCCAUGCGAAUCCUCGAGUCCUUUAUUCGGCCAUCGUCCCUUGGUAGUCCGGGGUUAUCGCUCCCCCCUCAUGUCCUGGAGAAGGCAAAGGGUUUAGUUGUCUUCACCGUCUUCCGCGUCGGGUUCUUGGGCUCAGCUCGAUUCGGAUCAGGGGUUAUGGUCGCUCGUCUCGACGAUGGCAGCUGGUCGUCUCCAUCUGCAAUUGAAAUACUUGGGGGUGGAUUCGGGGGCCUAAUUGGCGUCGAAAUGACCGAUUUCGUUUUCGUCCUCAACGAUACCUACGCCGUCCGGACAUUCUCGCAGUGUGGAAGUGCAUUACUGAGUGCCAACCUUUCGACGGCAUUCGGACCAGUUGGAAGAAGUGUCGAGGUGGCUGGAGGAGCAAGCACGAAGGGUGCAGCAGCGACGUUCGCAUACUCGAAAACCAAGGGGAUAUACGCGGGAGUGUCACUCGAGGGGGCUAUCAUGAUCGAACGAAGAGGCGCCAACCGGAAGCUCUACAAACAGAAGGUCAAAGCAUCGCAAGUGCUGACGGGUGCUGUCGCGCCGCCGCCGGAAGUGAAGCCGUUGAUGGACAUACUGGCCCUGAAUGUCUUCCAUCCGAAACUCGAGACCCCGCCGUUGUCUCGUGAGAUGCCACCCGAUGGGACGGCCGAAGCACCGGAGAAUCAAGUCUCAGAGCUGCCCACGGAAAUAUCUCAACCGGUGUAUGAACUGGAUGCUGGGCCAGCUCCUACGCCUCCUACGCCUCGCGCUAUCCAGUCGGAAGCAUGA